GCCCAGAGCCAUCGGCAAUCCCUCGCAUAGGGGCACAUUCAAGCAUUCCUGUCAAGUCAUCUUGUGAAAAGCUGCCUGCUUCCAGCUUGGCUUGGAUGUGCAACCUUAAUAAAACUCACUGAGGUCUGGGAGAAAAUAGCAGAUCUGCAGCAGAUAGGGCAGAGGAAAGGGUCUAGAAUAUGUACAUGCAGCUGACUCAGGCAGGCUCCACGCUCCACUGUUACAGGGAGGAAACAAUAAAUCUCAGCUACUAUGCAAUAAAUAUCUCAAGUUUUAACUAAGGAAAAGAUGAUUGCAGUCAAAUAAAAGAAAUAAUAUAUAUAUACAACAUUUUUUAGAGCAAAACUACCAAAUGGCUAGUUUUCUAUGACUCUUCUUCCAAAGUCUCCUUGGAGGGGGAAACAGUGAAACCAACAAGCAGUUUUACCUGAAAAUAAAAGAACUGGUCUAACAGGGCAGAAGAAAGGAGCACGUUUGGCGAGAGACACGGAAGGAGAGCGCUGGCAGUACAAUGACAGUUUUCCUUUCCUUUGCUUUCCUCGCUGCUAUUUUGACUCACAUAGGGUGCAGCAACCAGCGCCGGAGUCCCGAGAACGGCGGGAGAAGAUACAACCGGAUCCAGCAUGGGCAGUGUGCCUACACUUUCAUUCUUCCUGAACACGACGGGAACUGUCGGGAGAGCCCGACAGACCAGUACAACACCAACGCCCUGCAGCGAGAUGCCCCGCACGUGGAGCCCGACUUCUCGUCCCAGAAACUCCAGCAUCUGGAGCAUGUGAUGGAAAAUUAUACUCAGUGGCUGCAAAAACUAGAGAAUUACAUUGUGGAAAAUAUGAAGUCGGAGAUGGCCCAGAUACAGCAGAAUGCAGUUCAGAACCACACGGCCACCAUGCUCGAGAUAGGAACCAGUCUUCUGUCUCAGACUGCGGAGCAGACCCGAAAGCUGACAGAUGUUGAGACCCAGGUAUUAAAUCAAACUUCUCGACUUGAAAUACAACUUCUGGAGAACUCACUAUCAACAUACAAGCUAGAGAAACAACUUCUUCAACAGACAAAUGAAAUCUCAAAAAUUCAUGAGAAAAACAGUUUAUUAGAACAUAAAAUCAUUGAAAUGGAAGGAAAACACAAGGAAGAGUUGGAUGCCUUAAAAGAAGAGAAAGAUAACCUUCAGGGCUUGGUUACUCGUCAAACCUACAUAAUUCAAGAGCUGGAGAAACAGUUAAACAGAGCCACCAACAACAACAGUGUCCUUCAGAAGCAGCAGCUGGAGUUGAUGGACACAGUGCAUAGUCUGGUCAACCUUUGCACAAAAGAAGGUGUUUUACUAAAGGGAGGAAAAAAGGAGGAAGAAAAAUCAUUUCGCGACUGUGCAGAUGUAUAUCAAGCUGGUUUUAAUAAAAGUGGAAUCUACACUAUUUAUAUUAAUAAUAUGCCAGAGCCCAAAAAGGUAUUUUGCAACAUGGAUAUUAAUGGGGGAGGCUGGACUGUUAUACAGCAUCGUGAGGAUGGGAGUCUGGAUUUCCAAAGAGGCUGGAAAGAGUACAAAAUGGGUUUUGGAAAUCCCUCUGGUGAAUACUGGUUGGGGAAUGAGUUUAUUUUUGCCAUAACUAGUCAAAGGCAAUACAUGCUAAGAAUUGAGCUCAUGGACUGGGAAGGAAACCGAGCCUAUUCACAAUAUGACAGAUUCCAUAUAGGAAAUGAAAAGCAAAACUAUAGGUUGUAUUUAAAGGGUCACACUGGGACGGCAGGAAAACAGAGCAGCCUGAUCUUACAUGGUGCUGAUUUCAGCACUAAAGAUGCUGAUAAUGACAACUGUAUGUGCAAAUGUGCCCUCAUGCUAACAGGAGGCUGGUGGUUUGAUGCUUGUGGCCCUUCCAAUCUAAAUGGAAUGUUCUAUAGGGCUGGACAAAACCAUGGAAAACUGAAUGGGAUUAAGUGGCACUACUUCACAGGGCCCAGCUAUUCCUUACGUUCCACAACAAUGAUGAUCCGGCCAUUGGACUUCUGAAAGCAUAAUGCCAGAAGCAACUGGGAAAACAACUGAAAAAAAAACAUUUUUUUUGAAAGCUACCAGAUGAGAAACGUCUAGAAAAUGCCUGAAGUAAACAGCAUGGUCUCCCUUCCAGCAGCAAGCGGUGGUGGUGUGAAAUCAUCAAGGUCCUUGACUGUGGAUUUUGGGGCCUUUUGAGUCACAGACAUCUAUAAGUGGGGUCACUCUGAGUGGCAUGAAGGCAGAGCACGCCACUCCCUGGGAAGCUUUGAAAAGGGACGAAACUGCUCAGCUCACUGUUCUUCAAACUACUACUGGAUUUUAAUGUUGGAACUUUGGUAUCCAGACAAUAAAUAUGAUAUAUUUUGUGCAAAAC